UGGUCGGUAAUGCUAGGGGGCGGGAGGGGGCGGGAAAUCCUCGGCCUCGGUGGCGGUCGUGGACACGUCGAGCCGGGUAGAAGUGGAGGGGCCGUUCGAGGAGUCGUGAGGGGGUGACGGGUUAAGAUUCGGAGAGAGAGGCGCUAGUGGCUGGACUCGACCUGGGAAGAAUCUUCUGCUGACUCUCAACUUUUCCUGGAAAAAAUGGAUCAUUCCCACCAUAUAGGGAUAAGCUAUAUGGACUCCAACAGUACCAUGCAACCUUCUCACCAUCACCCAACCACUUCAGCCUCACACUCCCAUGGUGGAGGAGACAGCAGCAUGAUGAUGAUGCCUAUGACCUUCUACUUUGGCUUUAAGAAUGUGGAACUACUGUUUUCUGGUUUGGUGAUCAAUACAGCUGGAGAAAUGGCUGGAGCUUUUGUGGCAGUGUUUUUACUAGCAAUGUUCUAUGAAGGACUCAAGAUAGCCCGAGAGAGCCUGCUGCGUAAGUCACAAGUCAGCAUUCGUUACAAUUCCAUGCCUGUCCCAGGACCAAAUGGAACCAUCCUUAUGGAGACACACAAAACUGUUGGGCAGCAGAUGCUGAGCUUUCCUCACCUCCUGCAAACAGUGCUGCACAUCAUCCAGGUGGUCAUAAGCUACUUCCUCAUGCUCAUCUUCAUGACCUACAAUGGGUACCUCUGCAUUGCAGUAGCAGCAGGGGCCGGUACAGGAUACUUCCUCUUCAGCUGGAAGAAGGCAGUGGUAGUGGACAUCACAGAGCAUUGCCAUUGACAUCAAACUCUAUGGCAUGGCCUUAUCGAUUGCAGUGGGAAGCUGUUGAAGACUUGAAGACGUGAUUCCUGCUCCAAUCAUCCCUUCUUGCUCCUCUUUGUGCACGUACACACACACACACACACACACACACACACACACACACCUGCUCAACAGAGGUUAGAUUGCAGUGGGAAGCUGUUGAAGACUUGAAGACGUGAUUCCUGCUCCAAUCAUCCCUUCUUGCUCCUUUGUGCACGUACACACACACACACACACACACAGACACACACACACACCUGCUCAACAGAGGUUUAGUUUACAGUCUCUGAGCUAAAGUAGCAACCUCCCAAAUUGUUUUUUCUAAUAAGCUGAGAUUCCCAUUUCUCUUAAGGAGAAGCCACCUAUGAGAUGUCUUUUCCUUCUCCAUCAUCUUAGAGCCAAGUUAUAUGUUCUUGUCUAAUCCAUGUAGCUUUUUGUUCAAUGACUUGAUCAUCUGCUUCCUUUUUGAAUUUUUAACAGAUAGUAAGUAAAUUUGGUGGUUUUUUUCCCUGGGUCAGUGAUGGAAAGGGGUUAACUUCAGCCAGGAUUGAUGGCAGCUGAGGGAAAUUCUUGCUCAACUAAACCCAGAACUCAAACUUAACAUUAGAAAAUAAGGCCCAGGGCCAGACACAGUGGCCCAUGCCUGUAAUCCCAGCACUUUGGGGGGCCAAGGCAGGCUGGAUCACCUGAGGACAGGAGUUCGAGACCAGCCUAGCCAACAUGGUGAAACCCCGUCUCUACUAAAAAUACAAAAAUUAGCCGGGCAUGGUGGUGGGCGCCUGUAAUCCCAGCUACUCAGAAGGCUGAGGCAGGAGAAUCACUUGAACCUAGGAGGCAGAGGUUGCAGUGAGCCAACAUGGCGCCAUUGCACUCCAACCUGGGCGACAACAGUGAAACUCCAUCUCAAAAAAAAAGAAGGUCCAGCUUUUGGAUUCAAUGAGCGGGAAAUACAUUGUGCCUUUCUCUAGAUGUGAUAUGUUAUACCAAAAUCUUUGUAGUGUGCAGGGGGGUGGUUUGAGACUAAAUACAGGCUUAGAGCUUGCAGAGUGUAUAUUCUUGGAUGGCUGACUCAUCGACUUGCAUUCCCACUUAACACUUUGAUUAGCAUGAACUUGCCAAUCCAAAAAUGACAAUCAAUUUGAGAAAAUAGAAAUAGAUAUUUUUAAAUAAAACCAUUCGCAGUUUACUUUGGCUUGAUACCGUGGUUUGUCCCAGCUGAAGUGAAGCAAGAGAGUUUGAAUUAUUUUUCCCAUUAUUGUUUUUGCAUGUCUGCCUCUAAAACUGUGAUUUUCAAGCUUUAGCGUGCAUCAGAAUCACCUGUAGGGCUUGUUAAAACACUAAUUGCUGGGCCUCAACCCAAAAGCCCCAAAGUGGCACUUCUGAGUUCCUGCUGAUGUUACAAGGGACCACACUUUGAGAAUCUCUGCUUUAAGCUAAGGAAAUAUUGCCUGGUGGGUUGGCUGCCUGGUAUUGGGCAUGGAAAUUUGAAUUGCUGAUUGGUAGAUGGUGUGUCUGGACUUAACUCAUGUAGUAAAUACUGCUGAUCAAUACCUAAUCAUUCCACAUUUAUUAAGCUCCACCUGUAUGUAUGUGCACCCAAGCACACAUAUGUGAAGGGCUAUAGCCAAAGUAUUUUUACUAGCCUGUAUGAAAUCAUUAGUCCUUAUUUUUAAAGGUCUAUGAUUGUUGAGAGAGACCUUUGAUCUGCAGUGUAAAUCUACCAGUCAUGGGCCAGAAGGGCAAAAGCCCAGCUUUCUCUUUGGAAAGACUCAGGCUGUGGUUUGUUGAUGGCCAGGUUUUCCUCAAGAUCCAACAACUGUGCUUAUACCAAGCAGAUCCUCAUCCUCCAUAUAAUCAUCUUUGUUAUUCGUGGGGGUUUAAUUACAUUACAAGUGGCCAAAACCCCUGUUCUCAGUGAAGAAUCACAUUGGAUUUUUAUUCUGUUGUAGUCUACACUGCAGUCUUAUUCCUGGUUCAAACUACCUCUUUAAAUUGAUUUGUCUUGUGCUGGUCUAUAAUCCUGUCCUCCUUGGUGCUAGAUCCAGUUGUGCCUCAGGGCAGAGGAAACAAAACAUAGCUAUCCUGUUGGCCUGUGUUGUGGUUUUGAAGUUUGUACUUUCUCCGUGGGUGCCAGUUAAAUAUUGGAGAGCAAGGAAUGUGGACUUGCAUGGCUUUGAACCAAGAGAGGGUUGUGAGCCUACUGGAUUGAGGUUAAAAUCCAAGAACAAUAUUUAGAGCUUUGUGCUUUUCUCUCAUUCCAUCACCUUGUAAUGACGAUACUUAACAUGAGCAGGGUGAAUGACAGGUACUGACAAAGUCCAACACAAAGGUAUAAUACAGCCUGUUGUCUCAAGCCAAGGAAUCAUAAAACCAUGAGAAAUAAAUAGGAAUCAAUAGUAGUGACAUUGGUGCUCUCUAGAAAUCUCAGCAUGAGCUGCUAUAGAAUACGCUCCCAGCAACAAAACCUUAGUAAGGCCAGCUAGACCCAGUGGCUUACGCCUGUAAUCCCAACACUUUGGGAGGCCAGGGUGGGAGGAUGGCUUGUGUCCAGAAGUUCGAGACCAGCCUGGACAACAUAGUAAGAUCCUAUCUAUAUAAAAAAUCAAAAAUUAGCCAGGCAUGGUGGUACAUACCUAUAGUCCUGGCUACUUGGGAGGCUGAGGCAGGAGGAUUGCUUUAGCCGUGGAGGUUGAGGCUGCAGUGAGCCAUGAUUGUGCCACUGCACUCAGCCCGGGUGACAAAGCAAGACCCUGUCUCAGAAAAAAAAAAAAAAAUUCAAGACCAGUUAAGACAAAAUGCUAUGACUUUGAAAUUCACAAAAAGAAAUAACAGUUUAGAUUAGGUCUUCAGGUAUUCAGGAUAGAGAUAAUCUCCUGAAAAACCUGAAUUUCAGAGAUUCUUAGACUGGCUGCCAAAGGAUGAAGGUAGUGAAGGAGAAAAAGCUUAAAUUUCAUCUUGAGCUCUUGGAUUGUGAUAAUACAAUGAUUUCAUUAACUUUUCAUUUCUGUAUACCUGUUCAUUUGGAAUUUAAUGCUUGACUUCUUUGUUCAUUUUGGAUCUAAACUUCUCUUUUCUUCCUUCCCCAUUCACAUCUAUUAGAAGACUGCAUCACCAUUUCUUUGGCCCCCUUACUCUGUUGUCCUUUCCCUUUUCUUUCAUUUUUUAAUCUCAUGUCUAGUAUAUUAAGUCUCCAUAGCCCUCCUGAUGCAGUAGACAGUACUAUGCUGUGGAUAUAAUACCAACCAGAAAUUGGCAUUUAUAAACCUGUUAAGAGACUUUAAGCAUGCUUCAAGAGGCAGUUGACGCACUGGAAUUUCUAUAAGGCUGGUACCCUUCCCAGAGUUACAGAAUCUUAGGUGCUGUCUCUAGUCUGUGAUGGAGGAACUCCCAGCAUCCCCAUUGCCCACAAAUGGAAUCCUCACUAUAUCCACUAGGAGAUUAGAAACUAAGGUUUCUUCAAUACUUCUAUGUUAGGGUUGUCUGAAAUUCCCUUUCAGGCUGUGGGUACUGGUCUUGGGUUCUAGUCAUAAGGGGUUCCUUAUAAGGAGCAGGCGGAGGGAAGUACACUUUCAUGUCAUUUAAUUUUGAUCCUGCCCUCUCCAGCUGCUCCUUCAAAAGAUACAAACUCUGGGCCGGGCACAGUGGCUUACAUGCUUUGGGAGGCCAAGCGGGGGCAGAUUACCUGAGAUCAGGAGUUUGAGACCAGCCUGGCCGAUGUGCUGAAACCCCAUCUCUACUAAAAAUACAAAAAUUAGCUGGGCGUGGUGGCGCAUGCCUGUAAUCCCAGCUACUCUGGAGGCUGAGGCAGGAGAAUCACUUGAACCCAGGAGGCGGAGGUUGCAGUGAGCCAAGAUGGCACCAUUGCACUCCAGCCUGGGCGACAAGAGCAAAACUCCAUCUCAAAAAAAAAAAAAAAAAAAAAAAGAUACAAAGUCUGCAUUUGAUAUUUGAUAUAAUGCCUUAAUUACUGGGUCUACAAUUAAUGUUGACUGUUUUAGAUUGUAAGCUCCUGGAGAGCAGUAUUGCUGUAGUAGGAAUGUUUUAACAGUGUCAUAUGAAAAAGAACAAAAUAAAUAUUUUGAUUUUGAUUCUA